UGAGAGCCCUGAUGAUGUCUAAAUUCUAACGUGACAAUAAGCCAAACUAUGUCUCAGUUAACAUUAUGGUUUGAAAACAAUGUAUUUAAAUGCUCUGCAUUUUCAUUUUUACAAUUGUAAUGCUUAUUACAGCAAAAAAUCAGUUAGGCACCGGCGCGAUUCAGGGCAUGGGGGAUGGGUAUUGGUAGAUGAAAUCUCACUGCCGCUCAUGGUACUUUGAUGUCAUACGCCGAUCUUUCUGCGCAGUGCCAGAUCAUCUUGAAGAAGCCUGAAGUAGUGGGGGAUGGGAUCUCACGAGGGGGUGAGACAGUUGUGCGCAAAACUAAAGUGGCUGCAGGCUUAAUGUUUGUGGAAAUUUGGGGUAAAACUGCAUGAGUGUUGAAAUUUGUAGAUUUAGAUUAAAUUAAGUAAUCCAAGUGUCAAAACAACAUGUAAAAUAAUUAUAAAGACACAUAAGUGCAAUAUCUAUGUAAUCAUCCUAUAUGGAAUUUAUUGUGUUUGCACUUGUAUAUUUGAUCAAACAAAUUGUGUAGUCCAUUUUGAGCCCAUGCACACAUUUCCCAUUAAUGUCCAAUCUAGGAACAACACGGGGAGCCCACCUGGCUUCACACAUGUGGGUCCUAGCUGGGUCACCCAGAUGGCCCCCAGAUUAGAUGCCCAUUUUGAGCCCACGCCCACUCUGUACCCCUGUAGCCCAUUUGUAACCCAUGUGGGCCCCACAUACACGUGUUUGCUGGGAUAAUGCAAUGUAAAUCGCUUUGGCGUUUGCCAAAUGCAUAAAAUAAAUGUAAUGUAAAUGUUUUAAACUACGCUUUACCACGCAAUUUACGCGUUAACACGUAUCUACGCGUUAACGUGUAAAUUGCGUGUUAACGCGUUAGUUUCACGUGUUUUGUCCCUGUUGGCCUUCCAUAUACUGUCAUACUGUACUGAUGCACCCUUUCCAUAUUCUUCAAAUUCGGACCGCCUCCUUCACAAUGACGUCAGAAACAACAACAACUAAUCGGACCAAUAGUAAGUUACGUGCAUACACAAGAGAUCUGUGGAACUGAGCUGAUACACGGGGGGACUUCUCAUUAAAACUGUUGCAGUCCGAUUUGUGCGUUGGAUUCUUUAAGCUUUGUUUAAACAAUAUUAACACAACGUAAACACGCUUUUGUUUUUAUGUGAUUUAAAAUCAUCUGAUUCAUCUGUAAGGUAGGAAAACCCAAGAACUGUGGAUUAAAUACUCGAGGCGCAUCAAGAUGCUGCUGCACUUUUUGCCCUCGCGGCAGUGAGCAAAUGUAAUGCGUUUGUCCAACUCGCAAUGAGAUUUUGCGAAGCAAACUGUUGUUUUAAUCCAAUGGGGAGUUUUGACGCUCUGUGGAUAUUCGAGGAAUAAAUAUGUCCACACACCUGAAGUGGGCAACAAAACAGUGGGCAGAGAGCAAAAGCUGAAGAAACGUGUGCCUCAAAGGAACAGCAAGACAUCAUGCGUGUUAUUGGACAGACCAACAAAUGGAAAACAUUGACCUUGCAAGUUAACUUUUAAUUUGUUCCAUGUGGGCGCAUCAAGGAAUGGCAAACUCUGGAAACUCCACGGUCACUCAAUGGCUGCAUAUGUUGAUUUUGUCCAUAGGCUUCGCGUCUGUAUGGUUUAUUCGUUCAUCCACUUCAUCCCCAGCACACAACCAACGUUUGAUAUGUUGGCAGGCCAUCAUGAAGUGCCAUGGAGAGGUGGAGUGCCACUUCGCGUACAGUCAAUAUCUACAAUCGUGCGGUCCCGUGUUAAACGGCAACAAGAAGAAAUGUCCCAGUCACUGCAUUCAGUCCAUCAUCCAACUUAACCUCACUGCGAACGGCCCAGCGCUGGAAGACUGCGACUGCGCCUCGGACAGUUUUUGCGAGAUGACCAAGCGAGCCAUCGAGCCGUGCAUGCCCAGAACCAGCCACAUGGGUUGCACCGAAGCCCGUAUGCAGUGCGAGAAGGACACGGAGUGCAGCACCGCCAUGCGCGACUAUUUGUAUCACUGCAGGAAACUGUUCGGAGAAGAGCGAUGUUCCGACGAUUGCAGGCGGGUCAUCACUAACAUGCGCUCUGUUCCUAAAGCCCAGCUGUUGGAUACUUGCGUUUGCGACGGCACGGAGAGAACUAUAUGCGAGUAUAUUAAAGUCAGCAUGAAAAACUUUUGCUUUAGCGACGGCUAUGCCACCGGGAGUGGAUUUUCGGAUACGGAGGAAGAUUUAGAGGAGGACUAUGUGACUGAUUAUGACGAAGAGGAGAAUGUUGCCGGAGAUUUAAGAGCAGGAUACAUUUUUACAUUGUCCUUCACUACUUUUGCAUUUUUUCUAAGAUUGCAUUAAAACGAAAGUUUUUUGUGUUGAUCCUUAUAUUAUAGGCCUACUUGAGAGAGUAAAAUUGCCCAUUGGAAAAUGAAGAAAAUUAUAAUAAUCACUUCGACAUUAAAGAUUGUGUCAAAAACUGUAGCGAGUUUCCAAAAUCUGCACACCAUGAUAUGACGAUAUGUUUGAUAUUGAGUUGAAAAUGUGUCUUACACUAUAUUUUAAGUUAUUAACUGCCGUAGAAAGUGCUAUACAAAGAGAAAUAAAAACUGGACGUUUAUUUUUGUAUAAGAUUCGGUUUAUGUCAAUAAUUAGGGGGUAGUUCACCCAAAAAAUAUAUAUUCUGUUAUCGUUUACUGAUCAAAAUUUCCUCUGGCAAUACAACAUAAUAAAUUAUAUAAAUGAUAAAUUAUACCUCAUCAUAUCUAAACAAAACGUGUACGAAAUCCACGAAACUGAAUGCGCUAACAUGCAAAAAGACUUACAGAUAACAAACGCUAUAAUAUCGUUUAAAAUGUGCUUUUUAAAGCUCUAUUUUUUGCAGCAAAAGGUCAACUACAACAAAAUACUAGACCAUCUGCCAUUUAUAUUGUGUGUGACUUCAAACCCAUGGAGUACAUUUUUUAAUUAUUCACAGAUAACAUAACAAAUAUUAUUCAUCUUGCAAUAUUUAUACAUCUGGCUUGGGCAGAUGAGAUUGUUAUGUGACUGUUAAAAUAAAAAAAAUCCAAUUUAUUGGCAUAUGUCGAUAAUAAAGACCUCCCUACUACCCCUUACCUUACCAUACACUUUAUUAUGAAACACCUGUUUUUUUUAAACAGUUUAUUUUGUUGAAAAUAAAUGCCUGUAUGUGUGAUGUGAAAAUGUAGACAAGCGAAAGGUGGAUUCCACGCGAUAGUCUCACUACACCAUUGAAGGUGUUGGUGUGUGAAUGUCAAUUUUUACACUUGCAUGCUUCCGACGCCCAUGCUAAAAAUGUACAGCAGUUUAAAAUAUUUUGAUUAUCUUUAAUGAGCAUCAAUAUGCACACUUUGUUUCCACUUUUUUGUCUGAAUGCUGUACUGCCAUACUCUGCCAUAAGCAAACGCCGCCCCUGAAUGUAGGACAGCAAACAUUAUCAUAUGGUAGUCAAUGGGGUCCAAGAAAUGUUUGGUUACAAGCAUUUGUCCAAAUAUAUUUCUCUGUGUUCAACCAAAAUACAUUUAUACAGGUUUGGAACAACUAGAGAGUGAGUAAUUUAUGACAGAAUUUUCAUUUUGGGGUGAACUAUCCCUGUAAACAACACUGUUAUUGUCAAAGUGUUGUGUUUAUGUAACAUAAUGUGAACGUGUGAAUAAUAUUCUUUAAAGAAACACAGUAUAAAUGGUUGCUAAAGAUUAUUGACUGGUUACUUUCUUUUUGAUUUUACAUAAACAAAAAGUUUGUAUGAAAGUACUAAAGUACUUUAUUUAUUUUACUACAUGUAGACUUUGCAUUUGCAACAUUUAUUGUUUUUUUAUUAACUUAUCAGUUACAACAGAUCCAGGUGUGUUAUUACUUUCUGUUCCUAAAUGCAGAUUCAUUAGGUUAUAUACAAAAGUAAAAACAACAAAAGAAGCUAAACAAAAAAAGUAAAGCAGAUGGGCAUGUGGGCUUUCAAAAAGGCUUUACAAAGAAUCGUAGUUACACAGUCACAGGUGACCAUCUCUUUGCUGUUAUUUAAAUUCUGAAUACAAAAGAUAAUACAUAAUGUGAAAACAUUUGUAUUAUUAACCAUAGCCCACUGUCAUUAGCCUAAAUGUUGAACCAGAUAUUUUCAUUUAGGCUACUAGAUUACUAUGCCCUUAAACAGAUGUGAUACUUUCAUAAAAUAUGCUUUCCUGUGAUGGAAACCUGUCCUUCCUUAAAGCAUUAAAUAUCACAAAUGUAGUCAUUAAUGCUCAGUAUUUGUUUCUAGCUGUCAACAACGUUUCACUUAUCAAAGUCAUUAUCGCCAGUCUUUGCUAGUUAAA